AUGGUACAAAGGUGGCUGCAGGCUCAGUGGCACUAUUGGAGAUCCACUCUCAAAUGUUGCUGUUUCCUCAACAGAAAGAACAUUGUACCACACGAGUACCGGAAACACUUUCCCAUCCAGAUGAAAGACCACAAUUCUCAUGAUGUGCUCCUUCUCUGCACUGCGUGUCAUGCGCUCUCUAACUACUAUGAUAAUCAUCUCAAGCAACAACUGGCAGAAGAAUUCGGUGCCCCUAUUGGUUGUGAGGAGGGCGUUCGCUUGCUCGAAGAUCCCACCCGCAGAUUAGUCCGUUCAGCAGCUAGAGCACUUGUGAAUGCAGAUAGCCUGCCUGCUGCCAGGAAGGAAGAGCUAUUGCAGCUGAUCAGGGAUUACUUUGCAUCUGACACAGUUUCCCCAGAGAUGGUGCAGGAAGCAGCUGGACUGGAAACCAGGAUUUUUAAUGAGAACUAUGUGCCACAUGGCCUGAAAGUGGUCCAGUCUUUUGCUCAAGGGGGCUUAUAUUCUCUCAUGGGGCUGGAGAAACGUUGGCGCCAGCACUUCUUGGAUGUCAUGCAGCCCAAGCAUCUCCCAGCACAAUGGUCUGUUGAUCACAAUCACGACAAGUUAAUCCGGAAAUAUGGGGAGACUCUCCAGAUUGAACUUUCCUGAAGAUGAAAUGAUGAAACUGGAAAAUAUAACUGAGAUUUAUUAUUUUCGCUCCCCC